GGGGAGGCCCCGCAGGCCGGACCCGCGCCAGACUCCCGCCCCCGCCGCGGCCAUGGCGUCCCCGCGGGCGCCCACCCCCUACGCAAUGCGGGUGUGCGGGCCGCCCGGGGCCCCGCCGCGCCCCCAGCCCGGCCGUGUCCGCGAAGGGCACCCGGCGCUCACCUGCGUGACUAGGCCGCAUGCCGCCCCCGCCGCCGACCCCGCUUUGGACCGCCAGCGCCGGCCGGGGUCGCCUCUCCGUCCCGCUCACAGGCUGUUCCUGCCGCGGGGACCGCCCGCAGCCACUGCCGCCGCCGAGGUGGCUGGACUCCGCCGCGGGACUGCAGAACACCCUGGCAGCCGCUGCCAGCACGCUGACGUCAGCGCGGGUCCGCCCCCAGCUCGCUGACGUCACCGCGCCCGGCACCCGCCACCCGACGUGCGCGCUCCGCCAGGCGCCGGGCGCGACCUGGCUUCGGAGUCCGAUGGCGGUCGGAGAAUGUUGAGUACCUUCUGGAUUCUAAUUUUGCACACUCGGCAAUUUGUGGAAGAUGAUCAGAAAUGAAAAAAGAAUAAGAUGGCCUAUCCUGGAGAAUGAUCCCCGUGCACUAGAGUAAGAUGUUCUUGGGGACGGUGGCCGUUGAGGUUCAACCACCUCGGAAGGCAGUUUGGCCCUAUGUGCUGUGGUUGAAGCUCUGCCCAUCCCACCGUCCAGCAACUCCAGUCCCCGGAAACUCGCACACAGGCCCCGGGACCCACCGGUAAGGAGAUUCAGAGCAGCGCCACCCUGAAACAGCAGGCGCCCCCCGAGCGUGGAGUGGACGAUUCUUACAAGCAACGCGGUAAUGAAAUGAUCCUUACAGGCGCGACGUGGAGUCACACACGCAAGACACCAAGGGCGGACGUUUAGAUUCCAUUUCUACGACAAAAUAAACUCAGAUUUAGAGGAAAAUAAAACUAUAAAGACACUGAAGCACGUGAUUCCCAUUGGAAUUCAGGGUCCCUGAGGAGUGACAGGAAGUAAAGUGCAGAAAGUAAGAUGCAGAAAAGGCUCAAAACGAUAUACUGGUACAUAGACGCUGAAACUGUUCUGGCUGGAAGAAGUGCUGCUCAUCUGGAAGGGGCUGCUGAAGCUGAGGUCUGGGAGCUCCGCUCUGUGCAGGAAGUGGUGCACCUGGAAUGUGUUGGGAUUGACCGCCCAUCCAUGGCUAUCAGAAGAAGCUUUCUGCAAUGGGGCCUGUGGAACCCCUCAAGGCAGAUGAAAGAUGACAAAAGUCUGUUUGAGAAUGACUAAUUUAUAAUCUGAGGAUGAGUAACACUUAUUUUGCUAAGGCCCAAACUUAAACGUAAUUACCCCGCCCAACCACAGAUGCUCUCUGGAGGAACCAGUCAGAAUCUAUAGUCAGAUGCAGGUGACUAAGAGAAUGAACUCUGUUCUUCUCUCACCAGGGUAUUUCCUCCUCAUAUGAGUUCCAGGCUCUGAGCUCCCUCUUCUUCAAACUUGCAGUGACUUUCUAUGCAAUUUGCAGUUAAAGUACAGGGAUUUUAUUGGGUGUCAUGCUGUUUCAUGGAUAAUCUUUGCACAUGGAUUGUGUGACCCAGGAUGAAAGUGUGUAGCUCCUGCUCUCUGUGCUCCUGAGUGCCCUGUGGGUUCCUUAGAUGCAGUGAUGUUUGGCUACUGACAUAACCAGAGCAAGACUAGCCCUUGUUGUCGCUGCUGAUGGUUUGUCAGGUACAGGGGUGAGUCCUGGAGGGCAGGCCUGUCUGAACCCAACAGGAAAACCACUGGGUGACUUUGAUUUAUAAUAUAAUCUGUUCACUCCCAGAUUCCCUUUAUGCAGUCAGCUCUUCUAAACACAGGUCAAGUAGGACAUUAAUUGGUUUAAUUUUAAAAUACUAGGAACCCACUUAUUACACCUGUGAGGUGCACUUCCACAGCUGUUUCCUGGCUGUCUCCUGGCUGUUUUCCCAGGUGUUGGCUUGUCAGUUCUACUAGUGUUGGUGCUGUUUAAAUGUCAAGAUAUCUUGUCCCAUACUCCCACCCCCUAGGCUCCACUGGACCAUUUUCUGUUACCUGCAGGGUUUGCCUCUGGUAUCUACUGUCUGCUUGGGACCCCCUCCCAUAUUUUAAUCCUUUCUUGCAGAGACUUGGAUUUGAGAAUAUAUGUUCCUGUUUGUCAUUCUUUUCUCCCUUGGCUCCACUCUCACAGGAGAGCUUUUUCCAGCCUGUGCAGGUGUGGAGCUGGGGGAGGCAGCGAAGUUACUUUGUUUUUAAAAAUGAGCUAUAAUUCACAUGCCAUAAAAUUGAGUUUUUUAAAGGGUGCAGUUCUGUGGGUUUUGGCAUAUUCAUAUCUAAAUAUAUUCAUAUCUAAGUUCUUAACAUACUCAUCGCCCCAAAAAACCCUGUCCUGUUAGUAGUCACUCCCCAUCCCACUCUCUUUUCAAUCCUUGGCAACCGCUAAUAUACUUACUGUUUCUAUGGAAUUGCCUGUUCUGAACUGUUCAUAUAUGGUCCUUUGUGACUAGCUUCUUUCUCUUUGCAUAAUGUUUUCAAGUUUCAUCCAUGUUGUAGCAUGUAUCAGAACUUCUUUUUCUGGCUGAAUAAUAUUCCAUUGUAUGGAUAUAUAGUAUUUUGUUUAUGCAUUCAUUAGUUGAUGGACUUUGGGGUUAUUUUCACUUUUUGCCUAUUAUAAAUAAUACUGCUAUAAACAUUCAUGUGUCAGUUUUUCUCUGAACAUGUGUUUCCAAUUCUCUUGGGUAUAUGCCCAGUGUUUUGAGGAACUGCUAAACUGUUUGCCACAGUGAUUGUACCAUUUUACAGCCCCAGCAGUAGGGUAUAAGGGCUCUGAUUUCUCCACAUCCUUGCCAACCCUUGUGAUUAUAUACCUUUCAGUGGGUGUGAAGUUUUGUUGUUUUGAUUUGCUUUUCUCUAGUGACUAAUGACGUUGAACAUUUUUCAUGUGCUUAUUCUCCAUUUUAGGUAUUUUUUUGGAUAAAUGUCUAUUUAGGUCAUUUUCCCAUUGUUUAAUUGGGUCAUUUAUCUUUUUAUUAUUGAGUUGUGAGAGUUAUCUAUAUUUUCUGGAUAAUAGACCCUCAUCAGAUAUAUGAUUUGCAAAAUGUUGUUCUAUUCUAUGGAUUGCCAUUUCACUUCUUGACAGUGUUCUUUGAAGCACAAAUGUUUUAUAUUUUAAAUUUAAUUAGAUGAAAUCCAAUUUAUCAUUUUUUCUUUGGUUGCUUAUGCUUUAGAUGUCCUAUCUAAGAACCAAUUGCUUAAUCUAAGGACAUGAAGAUUUAUAACUGUGUUUUCUUCUGAGUUUUAUAGUUUUAUUUCUUACAUUUAGUCUUUGAUCCAUUUUGAGUUAAUUUUCAGUUAUGGUAUGAGGUAGGGGUUCAACUUCAUUCUUCCAUUUUUGAAUAUCCAGUUUUCCCAAUACUAUUUGUUAAAAAGACUAUUCUUUCCCCAUUGAAUUAUCUUGACACUCUUGUUGCAAAUCAAUUAACCAUAAAUGUAUGUCAGAUUGGAUAAGAAGACAAAUCCAGUCUGUGCUAGCCUACCCAAAACAUAAUGAGGCAGACAUGGUGAAAUUAAAAAAAAAAAAUAUUUGAAAGAUAACCAACAUGACAAAUAGAUAACAAAAAGACAAUGGUUAGCUAUAUUAGUAUUAGACAGAAUAGAUUUUGAAUUAAGGCAUUAAGGAUCAAAGGAGUCAUUAAAUAUGGUAAAAGAAAAAUUUCAUAAGAAAGAAGAAAAAAAUCCUGAAUUUGGUAAUGUACCUAACACAUAUGCUUGCAAUGCAUAAAACAAAAUUUGACAGCCUUUCUGGGAGAAGUUGACAAAUCCCUAAUCAGAGUGAGAGAUUUUAAUACUCAGCUCCAAUAAUUGAUAGCUCAAGCAGAAAAAUAGUACAUACUAACAGGCCUAAUCUACAAAAAUGACUACGUACCAAGGCACAAAGCAAAUAUGGAUAAAGAUUAUAAGAAUCAGUAUUAAAUAGAACUUUCUAUAUUCAUAGAAAUAAAAUGUAAAAAGACUAGUAAAAAAUAUUUAACAGAAUUUGAGGUGCAGAGUUUCCAUCAGUCAGGCAGGGAAAGAAUGUGGUAACAUUGAACUUGUUAGAAUUUGCAGUAUUACUUAUUUCAUUUUAUCUGAAGCCAACUUACAGACAAUGGAUGUUUUAGGAGAUGAGCAAAGGGAAGCAUGAUAAAAUCUUGUCUUCUUUGUAAUUUUCAUUUUGAAAAUAAAAAUAUAUCUGCAGAGCUUACUACUUAUGGUAGAGUUUUGCAAACUUUUCUAAGUGAAAGAUUCACACUGUAGUUAUAUGGGGAAAAUGUGAUUUAAAAUUCAUUAUGCUAAGCCUUUGAAAUUUCAUCUUAUUCCUCCCGCCCCCCCCACAAAGCCAGCAUUUUAUUAGCUCCUGCAUGUCCAGUGCUUUUGUACCAGUGAUUCUAUGUCAUUUGAAGCUGAACAGCUGUCUCUUUUAUGUACUUACAGCUCAAUAGAACGAGGUCAUGAAUUGCAUUCAUUUAUUUGGCAAAUGUUGAAGCAAUGCCCUGGGUGUUGAAUUUAUUAUGAUGCUGCCUUACAUGUCUACAAAUCUGAAAAACCAUUACUGAAAAAAAAUACAAAUUUGUAAUUUUCUUAAUUACCCAUCUGAGAGGUUCUUCUGUGCCUGGACAAUU